AUGUACACCGAGGUCCCACAGACGGAGAAGACAGGGCAGCAAGUGGCCAAGCUGCCCUGCUAUGCCGACACAUACUCCCGCAAGCCCAUCACAGACAUCUUCACAAAAGACACCGAUGUCGACAAGCGGGGACGCAAGAGGACAGUGCCAAUGAAGGUUCUGCUGCUGGCAGUCGGAAGAACAGGCACAGCUUCUAUGCGCGCGGCAAUGCAGCAUCUCGGCUACGUCGAGACGUACCACAUGAUGUGCGCCUCCAUCGAGAACCCACCAGACGCCCUGCUGUGGCACGACGCCCUCGUGGCCAAGUACUUCCCCGAGCGGUCCCCGCUCCCCGAGGGGACGAUCCGCACGCGCGAGUUCUGGGACCAGCUGCUGGGCAACUGCCAGGCCGUGUGCGACUGGCCGGCGUGCGCCUUCGCCGAGGAGCUGAUGGAGGUGUACCCGGAGGCCAAGGUCGUUCUGACAGGCCGCGACGUCGACUCGUGGCACAAGUCGACGCUGCCCACCGUCUACUGGCGCGCGACGGACCACGAGCUGCGCAUGCUCUCCAACACGUACCUCCCCUUCGGCCUCUCGGGGUCCUGGGCCGCCCAGAUGUACUACCCCAUGCUCAAGAUGUUCUUCGACACCUUCUUCGAGGGCGACUUUGUCCACCGCGGCAAGGACGUCUACCGCCGCCACUACGAGAAGUGCGUGCGCCUCGCCACCGACGAGGGCCGCAACCCGGGCCGCCUGCUCGAGUUCCGCGUCCAGGAGGGCUGGGAGCCCCUGUGCAACUUCCUCGGCGAGCGCGUCCCCAAGGCCCAGAAGUUCCCCAACGUCAACGACGGCUCCGACUUUGUCAGCCGCAGCCGCAGGAGGAACAGGAACCAGAUGAUGAACGUCGCCGUGCGCCUGCUCAUGUGGUGGGUCGUCGUCGGCUUCGUGUGCUACGUCCUCAUGGGCAUGUUGACUGCUUAG